AUACCAGAUAUGAUAUCGUCUUAUACAAGGUUUGCAAUGUAAUAACCGCCACAAUCUAAUUUAUCUGUCAGUUGGGCUUCUCGACCACCAAUACCAACACCCAUACUCGACGACGUAGGCCACCAAUUUCCCGAGCACUUCUUUUCGUUUUUCAUCUCUAUUUGUCAUCAAUGGCUUCCUUUUGCACUCCAUCUCUCACUCCCCUCCAAACUCAGAUCAAGCAUCACAAUGAGAGGAACUUCGUUACUACUUUGUCGGUCAUAAAAACAAGCCCAUCUCUUGCUAGAAGGGGUAGAAGCUACGGGAGUUAUUCGGUGUCAAGAGCUACUUCGAUUGAAAGAGAUGCCCUUAGCAUGGAUACCCAUGGGUCUGACGAGAAAAUUGAUUAUGGAGUUGUUGGCAUGCACCAUGUCGGUAUCCUAUGCGAAAACCUUGAAAGGUCACUUGAAUUUUAUCAGAAUAUACUAGGUCUGGAGAUUAAUGAGGCCAGACCGCAUGACAAGCUCCCGUAUAGGGGUGCAUGGCUGUGGGUCGGCUCUGAAAUGAUUCAUUUGAUGGAACUUCCAAAUCCCGAUCCUUUGAAUGGUCGUCCUGAACAUGGGGGCCGUGAUCGUCAUGCAUGUGUCCAAAUCCGGCAUGUUUCUAACCUAAAAGAUAUCCUUGACAGAGCAGGUAUACCAUACACCCUCAGUCGAUCUGGAAGGCCGGCUAUUUUCUUUAGAGACCCAGAUUCUAAUGCCCUGGAAUUUGCAGAAUUCGACAAUUAAACAUGACAUAUAGCUCAGUAUAUAUGAUAGGUACUUUUGUUGUAUACAUUAUUCCAUAUAUAGCAUGUACAUAAAAACUUAUAAGCAUUGUAUUAUUUCAGUUAUUUUAGCCUCCAAAAGUGACUGUUCUGGAGGUCGAAGGACAUUACUAUUUUGACAAUUCAUGUUUUUCGACUAGUGAUGAUGUCUACAGGUGUGAACGCAGUUUAACUUAAAACGAAACUAUGAUCGUUAUUUGAAAGAAGCAUGGCAGUAUUCUACCCGCAUACUAGACCACUGGUGGUGGUGGCGGCUGGUGCUCCUGCUCGUUGAUCUUAUUUGAAGUUUCUGAAAAUUUGAUCCUGAUCUGUUGGGGUGUCCGUGUUAUCAACACUUUCACUCUCCUAAAAUUCGUAGUUUUAGGUCGGUUGAGGGAUAUAAUGAUUGUAAACUUCCAUUUUGGAAAAUCUAAUCCCUCAUGUGCUUCACGAUGGAUAUAAUUAUGUUUAGUAUACCUUUAUUUCACUUUAUCGUAGCAACCAACCGCACUUCAUUGUUGUCUCAA